AUGGGCGAAAGCGGGCCGUUCAAGGAAUAUGGGGUCAAGGAUGCAAUCACCAGCAAGCUCCUUGCCAAAGCCAAGGACGACCCAUCUAUUCAAAAGAAAAUAUCCGAUUGGGCAAACAAUGAAAACAGCAGUAAGAGGCUCUACAACCCUAUCUUGGAGCUAGAAGACCGCCCUGCCCGUCGCCAGCGUACGGGCAAUGGAGAAUUGCCACCGGGCUUUAACCCUUUUCAGCCCCUCGGUGGGGCGCCACCCGUCCCCAACCUGCCCAUCGACCCAAUAGUUUCGCCUCCCAACGAGCAAUACCUAGUCAAUAUUGGCGUCACUGUCCUUCCGCAGGCCGAAGUCGCGGCCCUUGAGCUGAUGACUGAGAUGGAGCGGGCCGUCAUUAUAAUGUCCUCAUUGCGGGUCCUUAUUGGACGCGGUGGGGCCGGGCCCAGCGCAGGUCCCACCGGCCCCGAUAGAUCCAAGGCCCCAAGCAAGGCGGAACAGAUCCGCCGGUUUGAUUAG